GGUGCCAGCUAAAUCGCGUGAACGUGUCUUUAGUGCGUUUCGCCGCAUCAUUUGACGACGAGCACCACUUCACCAAAUCGGGAUUUGUUUUUGUUUUGAACCUCAGUGUCUUGGAUAUUAUCAUUUAUUGUCGCACAUUUGUCGGGUGCCCAUUAACUCCAGUUGAUGAAACUACGCGAUCAACACAAUUAGUCAGAUUCCAAUAUUUUGCUAAAUCCAUUGAAAUCGCUACACAAUUAGGUAAGGCUAAAUUAACAGCAAUGUUGACAUACCUAAAUCGCCGGGCCAUUUAAUAUUCAGUUAGCUAUUAUAAUUGGAGCUCUUCUGUUAUUACCUCCCGGGCCAGCUCACUCGAAGAACUCCAGGCAAAAACAAGCCCGGAUCCUGUGGAGAUUUGAGAGAUUCUCCUGCAAAAAAAUCAGUUUAGAAGGAAGAUAUAUUUCAUCAUGGUAAGACCUACGCACCUGGCACUGGGAGCCUUAUUUCUAUGUGUUUCUACAGCAGCAGCAGCAGAAAAAUGUAAAGAUAAAUUUGCUGUGUGGCCAAGACACUCAGCGUGCCUACCAAAAUCUAUUAAAUGGGAAUCUGGGGGUGUGACUGAAAACGACAUAGCAACCAUUGUACGCAAACACAAUGAAUUAAGAAAAGCAACGGCUGAUGAUCAUGAAGCAUCAAAUAUGAUGAAAAUGUACUGGGACGAAGAAAUCGCAGAGGUUGCACAAGGCUGGGCCGACAACUGUCAUUAUGACCACGAGCCUGGUGAAUUAAGGCGGGUACCUGGAAAAUAUUCCGUCGGUCAGAACCUGGGAAAGGGCUACAAGUCGUGGGAAGCUGUAAUCCAGGCUUGGUAUGAUGAAAUCAAGGACUUUACAUAUGGAGAUGAAGAUAUGGACUUCGGUAAAGUGGGCCAUUAUACUCAGCUAGUGUGGGCCGCUAGCUCACGAAUAGGCUGUGGCUUUGCUAAUUGUGGUGAGGCAGGCAAAAUAUACGUGUGUGACUAUGGACCUGCUGGCAACGUGGGUGGAUUCAGUAAGCCUUACAAGCAGGGGAAGGCGUGCUCUGCUUGCAGCAAUCAUUGUAGCAAUUCUCUUUGUGACUGCGAAAACAAAGUGUGUCUGAAUAGUGCGACAAUGCAUUACAAUAACUGUAGCUGCGACUGCUUAACCAACAGUUAUAAACCUUCAGACAACUGUGCAUUGAACUGCGAUGAAGUGAAAGACGAGUACUACUGCGGUAAAUCGGCAGGAUACCUAUCCAUGGCAGACUGUAGGAAAUAUGCCGGUACAACAGUCUCUUGUCCUCACCAGUGCGAUGUGUGUCCAUGGGCUGGUUCCAAUUACACAGAAGGCAGUGUUCCUAUUCCGGAGAGUUCCGCACAAAAUCUAAGUGUAACAAGCCAUGUGCUGAUCUUACUCUCUCUUGCCAUAAAAGAAGCUCUUACGAUUUAUUAGAGUAAUAGGGGAAAAUAAAUGACUGAAGACUAGUCUUACGUGGAUUUUGGUUGCUAGUGAAAACAAGCCACCGUUACUUGAGGAUCAGUUCUUAAUUAGAUAUUUUUACAAAGCAGCAAGAGGACAAGGAAAUGACGCUUAUAAUCGAUUUCAAUAUCAUUACGAGCCGAGUGGGUAAGACGAGGAAAGCAUAUACAUUUGUAGUAAAUUCUAUUUUUUGCUUUCGUUUUUUGAAAUUGUUUGUUCGAUCGCACAAGUCACUGGAAAAGUGGAAUUAUUUGUAAAUGAUAAACGCAUCUUGGUUUAAAAAUGUAUGAUUGCACGUGAGAUUUUCGAACAAUUUUUAUAUUUCUGCUUUUCAUGAAGACGCUUUUUAAAGACGUUCACAGCUUUGAUUCCAUACAUAUUGUAGUUCGAGUGCAGAAAACAUUACUUUUUUUUAAUGUUAAACAUCCUAGGAUUCUUAGACGUCAUGGUCUUGCCAAAACUUUCUGUGAUAUAGGAUUAGCCAUUAACGUUUUAGUCCGUUUUACGUAGUAUUAUUCUUUUUAUAUACGAUGUUCACAAGAUUUUUCUGUUAUAGACACGAUACAUAGACCCUUUUGGUGGGUUCUAAAUUGAACGUAAGUUAAAAUAGGAUUUCCAAUUGUCUGCAAGGCAUUCUUUUCCUCCAAACUGCAAAUAAA